CGCGUGCUAUUAGAAAAUAAGUUGUUUUUUCACGGCGAAGCCGGGGCCUGGUGGCGAGCGGCGCCUACCGGAAGAGCCGAACGCUGCUACGUACACAAGGAUACAAGCCAGCAUAGCAUCGCACACGAGGUGGAACAACUUUAGGAAUGUUUCGCCGCUUUCGCCGAACCGUUUCACCGUCUCAGCGCUCCUGAAACACGCCCGUCUAUGUCUGGCCACGCUGAGAACACAAGCCUUCGACAAGCAAUAAUUUGGAGAAAGGUGGCGUCCCGUGGGCGCUGGGGGGCAUGGCGGUAGAGGAGCCCCCGAUGCGGGAGGACGCAGCGCAGGUGGCUCCGUGCCAGCACCGCGAGGGGGUUCCUGGAGGGGGCGCCACCCCUCCGGGGGCCCUGACCCCUCGUGGACCGGCACCCCUGCUGCCAGACGGCAGUGCCAAGGGUGGAGGAGGAGGAGGCGGCGGCCAUGACGACGAGCUCACCAGCCUCACCUGGCUGCAGGACACGAACCUGCUCCGCAAGUUAGCUGGGCCACCGUCCUCGUCGGCCAACCACCAGGGGAACGGGACGAUGGCAGCGGCGACAGGUAGCCGGAGCUCGGGCAGCACGACAUCGGCCACGUCGGUAGGCGAAGACGACGAGUCUCGAGAGUGGGGACCUCCGGGACAGGUGCCAUACAACCCCCAGGUGCACGUGACAUCGAAGCCUCCAUACUCCUUCAGUUGCCUCAUCUUCAUGGCGAUUGAGGAGUCGGCCGGCAAGGCUCUGCCCGUGAAAGACAUCUAUGCCUGGAUCCUGGGCCACUUCCCCUACUUCCAGCGGGCCCCCACGGGCUGGAAGAACUCGGUCCGGCACAACCUCUCUCUCAACAAGUGCUUCCGCAAGGUCGACAAGGACAAAGGACAGAACAUUGGCAAGGGAUCCCUGUGGUGCAUCGACCCAGAGUUCCGGCCAAACCUGCUGCAGGCGAUGCGCAAGACGCCCUGCUUUCCCUACACUCACCUCAACUGGGCAGCCCCUUCGACACCUCACUCAGUGCCUUCUCAAGACAAUGGUGAUAAAUCCUUGUCUCCAGACCCAUCUCAAGCCCAGAACAAUGUUCCGUCACCUACACUCUUCCCCUUCCUGUCGAAGAGGCUUGCUGCAUCUUCAACGAAAGAUCAGGAUGUCGACGCCGCCGCCGCUGCAAUGUUGGCUCUGCAAAAUGUCCCCAGUAUCCUGCCUCCUCUGAGUGAUGAGGAAGACGACGAAGAGGAAGAUGAUGGCUACCGGGACUCCCCUCCAAGCCCCGUCGUGUUCACCAAGAAGGACCUCAGGCUACGUAAUCGCAGCGGCGAGGUGACACAGACCCCGGGCGGUGCCAAUGCAACAGUGAUCACGAGCAGCCCCAGCGAGGAUCAUACUUACAGUGCCUCGCUCUCGAAUGGCCUCAGUGGAGAUUCGGCCAACACCUUGUAUCACAUCGCCAUUUCACCGGUCCGAAGCUUGGGGUCAUCACCGGUGAAGAAGGAGCCAGAAGAGCACGACGACAAUCUCCAGGAGGAGAACAGCAACGGCAGCAUCGGUUCCAGCAGCGGAGGAGGACUUGGCAGGCUUCCGCUGUCGUCAGUGCCUCCACGCAAGCGGAGGGCUGCCCUGGCUGCGGCAGCAGCGCUCCCGCGCAAGUCAAAACGUCAAGCAAGUGCGGCUUCCGCGCGCAGCCGGAGUGGCGGCGGUGGCGGCUCCGCCGUGGUUUCCUGUGCUUCCUCUUCAUCCGCGAUGAACAGCAGCAGCCACAGCAGUAACGACGUCGAAGACAUGGCGGAAGGCGCGGCACACGCGCUUCUCAACCUGGCAAAAGUGGCGACCAGCCAGCAGCAACUGAUGCUGCAAAGCAAGAGUUCUUCUCUAGUGGGGGGUGUACGGGAACGGCGGUGAGAGGCUGCAAUGAACAACCUGUGGAUGUGACGACUUGACUUUUGAGCUGUUCGCCAUCCGGAGCAAAGAAGGGGAAGAGAGGAUAUAGAGCUGGUUUUUUUAUCGUCGUGGCACGGUGGCGGCAAGACGAAUUUCCGAGACGGUGUUACGUGUUACACUCGGACGACGCGGUGGCGGGGAUGCCUUUCGGCAUGAGGACACACGCCGGUGCACGCCGCUUGUUGGCUUGUUGUUGUUCUCUUUACGAGGUGAUUUUAGCCUUUUUUUUUUUCUUUUUUUUUCUCGUCGGCAUUCAGAGCACGGGUCUUCUAACGUGCAUUUCUUAGUGAGGCUGCACACAGUACUUUGCAAAGAGCAAGAGCGCUGGACUCUUACCAAUUGGCUUCUUUCUUGUCAAGCUAGCGACGUAGCACGAAAGUGUUGCUUGUUAAAAGGAAGUAAAUGUCGAUUUGUAAUGCUCAGCUUGGUGGAAGGAUUGAACGUGCAGCGACUAAAUGCUGAGGCAAUAGCAGCAGGCACUUAGCAGGUAGCAAUACAAGUACUGCUUGAGGAGCAUCAUGAAUCUUAUUGGCUGUCUCCUUCUUUGGCAAACAUGAGGCAAGACUGGCCAUUUGUGCGGGUCAGCGUACGAAUCCGUGUUUUACUUACUAGUGAACGGUUGACUGCAUCAAGAUUUCUCUUUGCAUUUCUCUUUCGCUGAUCUAUUUUAAUUUCUCUGUGCUGGCGUGACGACCUCGUGUAAAGUUGUGGUUUCUUGUGGAGUUUCGGACACUGGAACGAGACCCAUUUUGCAUUGGCGGUACGUUUUGUUCGGGGUUUUGUUGUGAGUGUUUCGGGUUCUUUUUAAACCUUUCGUCUUAAGGUGGCUUCACAGGUAGCAGCUGCUGUUAUUGCACGGCAAUUUGUUUCUCUCGAUUUCUAGAUCAACCCUCUUCUUUUAUGCUUUACACCUCUGAAUUAUUUUUGGCGCCAGAGCACUAGCAUUGUCACUUCCACAGUGUUGCAUUUUUUUUUUUCCUACCCAUUCUUUCAUCAGAAGCAAGAAAAUGCAUGGAGAAAAGGUACAUCAUCUGCAUAUUCUGGCUUUGCAUACAAGAUCGUGCCAACAUUCUUUUUUCUUCUUUUCCCCAAAAGGCUCGAAUUCUACUGUUCCAUGAACAAGCAGAUUGGACUGUGCUUGCCGGAAGCAAAAUCCCAGAGGAACUGAAAUUUCAACUGUUGAACCUACGCUAAGUGCCAUGAACUUUGUCCAUAAGAUGGUCCAAAGUUUCCUACCGCUUGAUGCACUUGGCUUUGCCGAUAGAAAAUUCCACGCACACAGCAUUAAAGAAAUCCGCACAGGACAAGGACACACUACAAAUCCAACAAGGGCCCGACUUUGCAAGUUGGGUUUUGCCGCUAACAUAUGAGCCAAAUAGAGAUGGCAGAUGGUACGAACAGCUUUACAUGUCCUUUUGCACUUGCUGUCUGUAGCUUUGUAUCACAUUAUAAUAGUUAUGCAACUACUCUUUUUCUUCACUGGGGGCCUUUGCCAGUCAUUCGUUGUGUUAUACUCAUGCAAACUUCCUAUGGUUUUAUUUAUUUCCUUCUAUCCACUGCAGAAACAUUCUGAGGAACGUGUUUUUUUUUCAGUUAUGUGUUUGUAGCGAUCUUUAGGGGACUCCUGCUAUUUUGUUUAUAAUUCACGGAGGAAGAUGUUGAGAGAAUCAGCGCCCGUCUCGCAUCUUUCGUUUUUAGUGCGUCGUAGCUCGUCGUUUCCUUCUGUGCUGCACUUUCAGUGGCCUAGCUGGUCGCUUGUGGUCGCAGUGUCCAAGCGACACAGGUCCGCUGAAAUUGGCAUAUCCUCUAUUUUUAUGUCAGUUUCCUUGCCUCUUAUCGGUCGUUUUCUGCAGUGCACUUUCACAACAGACUACUCGCCCGAGACAAAAUGGAAUGGCACAAGACGUGCCAUUUGCUUGUCCCCAGCCCCUUCGCCUCCAUACCAAUCCCCCUUUUCUCUCUUUCUCUCUCUUGCAAAGGCCUAGGAUUUUAAAGGCCUGCGAUUUUGUAGGCCAUUGCAGUCGAAGCAAGGCUAAAAAAUUUUAAAGGCAAUAAUACGCGGUCUCAAGCUUGAACCUGUGAUUGUGCCGUCGGUGAGAGCAGGUUGUACUAUCUCAUCGGGAUAAGUCGGAGGCAGCGACGAGAAGUGUUUAGAUGAUAGCAGCCCGUGUGUUGAGCUUCCCCAGAGUGGCAAAAUGCUAGGGCACUCCCGUCACCCUAGCAACUGAGUGACAUUGCGAGGUCGUCAAUCUUUAGGCAGUGGUCGACUACAAUUGACUGCGAGCACGUUUUUUCUCGUGACCCUUCCACAUGAAAGUCAAAGCAUAUGCAAGGCGGUUAGCUGUUAAUUUUUAUUGUUCAUUUCCUGUUCCUGUUGGCCUCGUAAUCUCCCUCAACCAAGAUUGGACGAGUGAAUCUAGAAAAUGCUCAUCAAAUGGCUGUGCAAGCUUGUACAUAAACAAAAAAACAAAAAAAAAUGGGGGGUGAACGACACCGCUCUACAGAAGUAAUAAGGUGUGGGAUGACGGAAGCUGUAAUAUAUGAAAUACAAGGGACUGCUUGCUGCACUAUAAAUAGUUGCAGAUGCUAUAGUAUAUAUAUAUAUAUAUACAUAUACAUAUUCACGCACACAAAGAAUAGAUCUACAUAAUCUAAAUGUUAUAAAUAAAUGCCUCCUCUAGACAUGCAGCGCUGCAUCACAGCGAAUGGUUCACGCAGAAGGAAAAUGUGUUGGAAGGAAGAGUGUGUGUGUCCCUACUAUUUCCCCGCUUUGUUUCUUAAAAGCCAUGGCAUACCGUGACUAAUGCUCCAAUAUCCUUGGUAGUAUUUCUUUCAGUUCUUGCAAUCGGACUGUAGCAGCAUUUGGCGCAGCAGUUCUGUAUAACUUUGUGGCUUAUUUGAGUGGUUAAAGGGUGAUUGUUUUGUUCUCCUAUAGGCUGCCGAACGUUGAGUGCGUGUCAUUGCAUAGUGUGUUUAUGGGCAGGGUGUUUUUUGCCCCCCCCCCCCCCCUCUUCCUUUUUUUUUUUUUUUUUGUCACUUUCGUAAUAAUCGCAAAGUUGUGCACAGGUAGGCGCACUUUUGUGUUUGUGGCGAUUGGAUCGCCCCUGCUUUUAGAGGAUAGUAUUUGUGUGUGCAUUUUCUACUUCGUUCUUAUUUUAGAUGACUGGCUAUCAACGGCACGUGUGAUGGGAAGCCUAGAUGUGUUUCGGCACAGUUUGCACAUACGUUCGCACAAAUGGUUUUUCUACGCUUAUCCUUUGUGACUGCACUUUCUUUGUCGAAAUGGGGGAAUGUGUCUCGUCGGCUACAAAAAAAAAAACACCUUCGCCGUGUGCGCCCAAGCACGGGACAGCCUUAAUUCGAUGUCGGCCAGUGUUUGUCGUAUACCUUUGUGUCAAAACGGCCCGGCUUUUUUGCCUUGUCUGAAUUGACCGUACAAAUAUUAAGGUGCCGACCUUGGGGAGCGCUUCUGUGUGCGUCAAGACGACACCGUGUCGCCACGAACUGAACACUCACAUUCAGAUGGUUGCUGUUGUCAAUGCAGUGAACGACGGCAGAGGAAUGUUGGCUUGCAAAAGGCCCGAUCAUCUACUGUGCCCCGAUUCUGAAAAGUGUGAUGCCAAAAUGGCACACGAGGAAGCGCUUCACAUUGUCGGGCCGUUACACUCUUCGAAGCUUCUGCAUUUUGUGUGCGUGUGCGCAGCGCGGGACUUUUGUUUUGCCAGUGUGUGUACUUCUCGUCGCAUUCUCAGCGAUGUCCAGAGCACUUGUGUGUUGUCUCCGGGCGGGACAGAGGGCAGUGUUGGUGCGGACGUUUCUGCGGAGAUUCGGUUUGCAACGACGAUGCAUCUAUACGAGAAGGAGAAGUUUGCGUCACUGAGCUCAAGCCUGUGGUUGCACGCAGUAUUAUGUGCACUGUGUUUUUUGCCAAAAGUCUAAGCAUUGUUUCUUUGCGGGAGCGAGACAGUAGAGAGUCUCUGGGUUUUUUGCCCACAGCAGAAAGUCUUGUUGGGUCUGGGCGCAUGCGUUCCCGAGUUUUGCUUCGAGAAGCACGAUGUUGUUAGGUGACAGCCAGUGAGGGUCCUCAAGCUGUUGCAAAUGAGGAGAUAGAUUUUGUGCCAAAAGCAUCAACCACGGCGUGGUUAGUUGAUAGAAGGUGGAGAAAUGUAGGUGACAGUAGUAAUAACACGAACACCAUCUGUACAGAAACAUUCUUUGCACUAGUUGAAUGUUUGUUUUUCAUUCCCCUGUGUCGCUUUGUAUGUUUUCAAUGAGAGAUUGAGCAUGGAGGAGGCAUAUUACCAUGGGUGUACAACGGAAAGCACGGACACAAGGUAGCAGUGCUUGUGGCGACUUCUUGCGAUGCUGCGUUCAACCAAAGCGUGCCGAACUUCUUUUACAAUGACCAACUGUAUUCCACUUAAUCUACAGCUAUAAGCUUGCUGGCACAGCGACAUAAUUAUCGUCAAAAUGUCCUUGCGUCUUUCUUUUUCCAAAGAGGAAACUUGUGCAACGCAAGAACAUUGCUAGUGCGAGACGGUUGAUUUCCCGCCGCAUCGCAAGGUAUUGCCACGAGCAUUGCUUCCCCCAAAAAUAGGUCUCCCAGUAUUUUUACAUACAUCUGUGCUAGUACGUUGUCGCUUUGCUAAGGCCCUCUAACGUUGUGUCUGUGGGUAUGGAUUGUUGAGUGCUUGCAGUGUUCAACUCUGCGGGGAAAGAAAGCGGCUUCUCUGCAGAAAGCAGAGAAGCCACUGCUGCUGCGCAGGUAGUAUCGCGUGUGUACAUUUGUUCCUAACCUGUAGAAACGGUGACUGUCUGUGCACGUCGGGCAAGCAGAGAGAGUCUAUCCUAUGCAAAAAAAGACUGUUUUUCUCUUCCUCUCACUCAGGCUGUUGGCAAUGCGUAAACCUUGCCAGCCUGGUGGCAAGGUUGCUGGAAAUGUGAGAGGUAUGAAGAAGGUGUUGAUGCUUCCCUUGCGAGUUUUGUCGCGUGUUCCCUUUGGGCUGUGGUUGUCUGGCAGCCUCUCCGCGCGCUUUUACUACUAACGAGUUGCUGCAUGUUCCCUCUGGGUCUUAGCAAUAAUCAACAAAGCAAUCAUUGAUAGUGAAAUUGUAAGAGUACCGAAACAUCGAGACGCACCAAUGGUAGCAGGCUCACAGAGUUGCUCGUUAUAAACAUACGCUUUUAUUGCCCAGCACCUCGACUUCUUUGUGUGUAUUAUUUUCAUUUGCUCGGAGAUCUGUUUGAAUGUCAUGUGCCUGAUGCAACAAACACCUCAUUUUGGUCUUCUGAGUUGCUCGUCUUUUUUUUUUUUUUUUUUUUCUUUCACGCUGAGAAUGUUUGCGUGUGUUCUAUGAGACAUUGGGGUGACAUUAGAACAAGCCUUGUAAUACAAAAACGGUUUUCUCGUUUGUUCUCGGGUUUGGUGUCAGUCUUGGAUGAAGAUGGCAAAACAUUGUCUGUGUGUGUGCGCGCUUUGCUUGAUUCACUGCACCGACCACAAACUUUGGUAGUCAACUGCUACACCUUGGCACUACACGACCGCAACUGAAGGUGACCGGUACACUUUACUGACGAGACACCCUGGCAGAUCUUGCAAGGGCGUGUGCGUUUGUCAACUGCCUUACUGGCAGUGUAUGGCAACCUAUGCAGCUUUGUCAUCAGACAUGUCUUAUCAUUUCUCUGUUCCGGCUACAUUGCAUUUCUCCUUUUUUUUUUCCUCCCCCUAUUACAGAUACACCUCACAUCACAAAACCUAGUUAUGUUGUGCACAUUGCGGCGUUCACCAUACACUAGAGUAAAUGGAGGCUGCGUUACCUUGGCCGGCCACUUUGCACAGCUAUUGCAUUUUCUCAAGACUCGUGCAAGUGUCACAUAAUGUCCGAGCUACGCAAUAUUGGCUGCCUCUCGUCUUGUGGAAAGUUAUUUGAGAAGGAAAUUGCCUUCUUGCCAGCUGUAGCAAAGCGGUACAGAGGGAAAUGAACCAUUUGAACAGUAGCGAAUGGUUGCAGGAUGCCGCCUUCUGGCAAUUUUUUUCUCAUCUUAGCACUCCUCCCAUCUUGUUGAUUUCCAGAAAAAUCGACCUGCUAUUUCAAAAUACACAUAUUUGAAGGCAUGACCUGGUAGAACAGCCAUGCGGUUGCAGUAUAGUGAUUAAUAACCACUGUGCCUGUGCAGAAGUUGCAUUCACCGAUCACCGGUCUAUGCACCCGUUUGCACUGGUCUAGCCAUAUGUCCACACUGCAAAAAUAGAAAGUACGAGUUGGUGCAUAUAUUUUUCAGCAAUGACGUUUUAGUAAAGUACUAAGGCGGCAUAACAAACAGCAGCACCAUCUGGUGGUAGUUUCACAACGCUACGCUCAACUAAAAUGCACGGGCCUCCAUUUGCGUACCCCCACUGCAUACUGUAAUCUGCUGGUGUGAAGAGUCGUAGUACAGAACAACAUUCCCAUGCAUUCUGGGCAAGAAUAAUACAACAGUUCCAAUGCUAUUCCGUUUUGAACUUUAUCAGCGGCAUCAGUAGCUCGAAUGACACUCGUGCUUACAUUAUCAUUGUGAUAGGCAAUCGCGAACGGUGAAUAAGUACAAAGUUGACUAAAAGGAGUCCAUACAUUAUAUCAGCCUGAUUUGAAUUUCACCACCAAAAUUGGCCGUUUGCAUUCUUGUUCUAUUUUUCUGCUAAAACUAAAAUGCUAAAAGGUAUAUCUGCUAGUUGACACUCUAAUAAUUAAAAAGCCUGUAAUGUGGCCGGCCACGAGUACAGUCUCGGGUAGCACCCAUUUUAGUUCAAUUGAUGCGCAACUAGAGUAGACACAUGUUGGCACAUUCACAAAAACAUACCAAAAAGCAUGUUUUCUAGGGAAACAUUACAAUCCAAACUGUGCUAAAAGUGGGAUACCGGUCACUCGUCGCACUAGUAAAAUUGGCAAAUCAUACGAAUGAGGUACACACUAGGUUACUUUUUCUUAACUUGGCUUCAAUGAGAAUAGUGCUGCCAAAAUCCAUAUAAGCUGUGUUUCUUUCCAGCUUUUCUUUUAGCUAACUGUGUUGGUGUUUUGAUCAUAUCACUACUGAAGUUCCAGAGACUACUCGCUUUGACCCUUGGUGGUCAAAAUUAAUCCGGAGCCUUCCGCUACGGCGUGCCUCAUAAUCAGAACUGGUUUUCACACGUAAAUCCCCAGAAAGAAGAAGAUCUUUAGUGCCUCUCGCCAAUUACUUUCUUUCCUUCUUUUUCUUUUUUUUUUUCUUUCUUUGUGAGCAGAAGGGAAUACACCUAUUACUCUUCUUGUGACAAAUUCCACUGCUCGUUCUGGAGACGCCACCUCAAACCUGAAGCGCUCAAGAUCAUGCUCGUAUCUCGCAAAUCCAAGUUUUGCCAGAGGAAAGCAAACUGCUCCGUGCCAAAUAAUAUUACAUGUUCUCACACGCAGCCACUCUACUGUUUCAAUCAAGUUGCUCCUCUGCAGCUACCAGGUUACGAGGGUUGCGACGGUAUAUCGCUAGUGUUACUGGCAUCUACUGUGUUGCUCUCAUAAUCUGUGCUGGUGUCAUCUACUUGCUCAACCUACUUGUUGAACAAUUCUUGCGGCUAAUUAAAUUACGCUACACAUUAUCGAAAAGAAGAAAAAGAAACCGUGUCGCAAAAAAUUGUCAGAAAGACAAUGUCAUGAACAAUGUGGGGUAAAAAAAGAAAUGGUCAUCCCGCCGAUUGUGGCAGACUGCUAAAAGGGACCCAUGUCAAAGGACACAGAACCGAGUACCUCAUAGCUGUUUCCCAGCAAUCAGGUGGAUGGAAAUUUUUGCCGACUGCCAUAGAUUGAGUUGAUCUUAAAUGAUGGACAACAAGUUGUCCACUACAGAGCAAGGAGAUAAAAAGAAAGUCUACUCCAGAAUGACCAAUGGCAUUUGUCCAUUGUGAGGAAAUGCGGUUUUGACAGAUCAUACAAGAGGUGUGUGUAUAGGAAUAGAAAAAUUAGGACGAUGUUGGCCAGGACGAGCACACUGGUGUGAGGAACCAUGCCAGUGUUGUGUGUGCGUGUACGUGCAUGUGUGGAUGCGUGUGUGUGUGUGGUUUCGGAUCUGUGUAAAUAUGGCGUCUAUACUGUUGUUGAAGACAAAGAAAAUAACGUUACAAUAUGCACAUUUUUUCUAAACCGAGCAUUAGUCUCUCCGGUUUCCGUAGGACAGUCCUGUGUCGAUGCCAAUACCAUUGCCAAACCACAGCUGAUGGGAUUGUGUCUGCUGCAUAUUUUAGAUAGAAAAAAAAAAGGGACACCUUUUUUCUUUUCUUUUUUUUUUAAACUGUUUCAAAUGAAGAAUGUAUUUCAAUAAAUAGAGAUGUGUAAAACUAA